AUGCGUUUCUAUUGCAAUACUGUAAGUAUGCAUAGGCAUCUGUUCUGCCAGAAGCGAACAUUCCUCACGAGUAAAGGACAUAGAAAAAUAAAUGAAAAAUUGGCCGAAAAUGCUAAAGAAAAAGCCACGAAAAAAAAUCCAUUUUCUCAAACUGUCUUACUUCCGCGCACUGAAUUUCCAGCGCAAAUUAAUGGAAAGAAACGGGUAGAGAAGGAUGAAUAUUUAACCACGAACUGUGGUUUUUCUGAAAUGUACGAGUGGCAAAGAAAGACCCUGCCAGGGCCUGAUUUUGUUUUACACGACGGACCGCCUUAUGCAAAUGGGACUCCACACAUGGGACACGCUAUUAAUAAGAUACUUAAAGAUAUAACAUUGAGGAGUAAUGUUGUCCUUGGAAAUCGAGUACACUAUGUACCUGGCUGGGAUUGCCAUGGUUUACCUAUAGAGUUGAAAGCCCUUCAUGAUAUUAACAUAAGUAAUCCCAUAACAAUUAGGGAAAAAGCUUGCAAAUAUGCCAAGGAAGCUAUUGCUAUACAGAAACAAGCCUUUCAGUCUUGGGGUGUGAUGGCUGAUUGGAGAGAAUCUGGAUGCUACUUUACAAAUCAGCCUUCAUAUAUAAAAAAUCAGCUCCGACAAUUUAUAAAGUUGUAUGAGAAGGGCAUCAUAUUUAGAGAUUUUAUGCCAGUCUACUGGUCUCCUUCCUCCAGAACAGCAUUAGCAGAAUCUGAAUUAGAAUACAAGGAGCGUAAGAGUAAAGCGGUAAUUGUUCGUCUACGCGUUGAUAAUUUGUCGGCGACAUUAAAUUCAUUCAAUGAUCGUACUAUAUAUGCACUUAUAUGGACUACUACUCCUUGGACCUUAGUGGCAAAUCAAACUCUAGCUUUUUCGCCAGACGUCGUGUACUGUCUUGCCGAAGAUAGCACUGGAAACUUAAACAUUGUUGCAAAAGAAUUAUUGGAAAGUGUUGAAUCAAAGAUUGGUACUCUACAGCCAGUAGCACAAUUUGUGGGCAAGGAAUUGGAGGGUACCAUGUAUUUUCAUCCCUUGGAGAACAAGAGAUUACCUUUCUUAACUGCAUCCCAUGUUACUACAAACAUUGGGACUGGUCUUGUUCACAUUGCCCCCGCGCAUGGUCACGAAGAUUUUCUGGUUGCACUUGAAAAUAAGAUGGCUGUUUUAUCUAUGGUAGAUGCUGACGGUCGAUAUACCGAGGCGGCUGGUUCAGAAUUUCAUGGAUUGAAAGUAUUGACAGAGGGAACCGAUAAAGUCUUGAAUCGCAUUGCGCGAGAUGUUUUGCAUAUCGAUACGUAUAGUCAUAGUUAUCCUCACGAUUGGCGAACAAAAGAACCAGUUUUUAUCCGCGCCAGUAAUCAGUGGUUCAUUGACAUAAAAUCUCUGAGAGAAAAAGUUAUUAACAACAUCAAGGACGUAAAGAUAUAUCCUGAAUCCAAUCGAAAAUCUUUUACGAACGCUUUACUCGCUGGAAUCAAAGAACGACCGUACUGGUGUAUCUCGAGACAACGUUCUUGGGGAACGCCGAUACCUGUAUUCUACAACAAAACAACAGGCAAAGCAAUUGCGAAUAGAGAUCUCGUCGAACGUUUAUGUAAUUCAAUCGAUCGAUAUGGUCCCGAUUGCUGGUGGAGACAUUCGGAGGAGGAGUUGGUAGGAUCCAACGUAAAUGAAGAGAUAAAUACAAAUGACGUAGAAAAAGGAAAGGAUAUUAUGGAUAUCUGGUUCGAUAGUGGUAUCUCUUGGUCAGCAGUUUUACCGGAAGGUAAAGCGAAUCUCUAUUUAGAAGGAUGCGAUCAAUUCAAUGGUUGGUUUCAGUCGUCCUUAAUAACAUCCGUCGCUUUACAAGAAUGUCCACCUUAUCGAGCACUAUUUGUACAUGGGUUCGCAGUUGAUGAAAAUAACUUGAAGAUGUCAAAAUCAGUCGGCAACGUAAUAAACCCGGAAGAACUUCUGCUAGGUGGAUCCAACUUACAGAAGGCGCCUGUGUAUGGUGUUGAUGUUCUAAGAUGGUGGGUAGGGAAUCACGCGUGUCAACAUACGCAAGUUUCCGUCUCAAAGGAAUUACUCGAUGAGUGCAAAUUGUGCGUCAAUAGACUACGUCUGAUAGCGCGCUUUCUUCUGGGUGUUUUACAUCCUUAUCACAACAGUGUGGACUGCGAACCACAAUACCUAACUAUCGACAAAUAUAUGCUGUAUUCGUUAUAUCGGUACCACGAGCAGAUCCAACAACAUUACAGCAAUUACGAGUACCAUCACGUCGGUAAAAUGAUCAUGCACUUCAUAGCGAAUGAUUUAUCAGCGCUGUAUUGUAAUUUAAUUAAAGACAGACUUUACUGCGAUGAAGCGACACAUCCAUCGCGCAUUGCAGCCGUUCAAGUUGUUAGAGAAAUAUUAACCGUUCUUAUGAGGACUAUCACCCCAAUCGUUCCCCAUUUAGUGGAAGAAGUAUGGUUACAUCAUCCCGAAAAUCAAGCAUCAGUACCAUUCUACCAUACCUCGUACAAGGUACCAGAAUUUUGGAACGACCCAACAAUCGCGGAACGCAUGGACGCGGCGUUACGAUUAAGGAACAAGCUAUUAAAUAUCGCCAAUACAAAGACGUGGAAACUAUCUGCCACUGUAGAAGCAACCAAAGAAGACUUCUCCUCGCUCUCCCUUUUACACGAUGAGAAGCAAUCUUCGAAUACUGAAUUGUGCGAGAUAUUGCAAUUAUCCUCGAUAACAUUAACCGAAAAUCAUGCAAUUACAGAAACGCAAAUCGAAGUACGCGAUAUUCAGAAAGACUUAUGUAAGCGAUGUAGAAGGUAUCCUGAGGUUCAAGAUGACGGAUUGUGUUCGCGAUGCAUCGGUGUACUUGUCAAAGAUAAACCUAUGUCUGCUAUCGCGUAACA